CGUGAAAGACUUGGAACGAGUCCAUGGGAAUGCCAUGGACUUCAUUAAUAAAUUUAGCAUUAUCAUUGAAGGGAAGCAUUAGACACAAACAUGGCGUCCAUUGAUUAUGAGCCAAAACUUCUUGCAGUUUUAAGCAUCUCAUUUUUCUUGUCCUGUAUUUUUGUAUCUAGUACUGGUCUUGUGGCUGCACUUGAUGACUCAGCCUUGCUAGCAUCAGAAGGCAAGGCUUUGCUUGAGAGUGGAUGGUGGAGUGACUACAGCAACCUCACCUCACAUCGUUGCAAGUGGACUGGCAUAGUCUGUGAUCGGGCUGGAAGCAUCACUGAGAUUUCCCCACCUCCAGAGUUCCUCAAGGUGGGAAAUAAGUUUGGAAAGAUGAACUUUUCUUGCUUCUCAAACCUUGUCCGUCUCCACCUGGCCAACCAUGAGCUCAGUGGGAGCAUCCCGCAUCAAAUUUCUAUCCUCCCACAACUCAGAUACCUCAACCUGUCCUCAAAUUAUCUAGCAGGUGAGUUACCGUCUUCACUUGGAAAUCUCAGCCGAUUAGUUGAGCUUGAUUUUUCUUCCAAUAAUUUCAUCAAUUCCAUCCCUCCAGAACUAGGCAAUCUUAAAAGUCUUGUUACUUUGAGCUUGUCUUAUAACAGCUUCAGCGGCCCAAUCCACUCGGCACUUUGUCAUUUGGACAAUCUAACGCAUUUAUUUAUGGAUCAUAAUAGACUCGAAGGUGCCCUCCCUAGAGAAAUAGGGAACAUGAGAAAUCUAGAGAUUUUGGACGUGAGUUAUAAUACACUUAAUGGUCCAAUCCCUCGGACAUUGGGUAGGUUAGCCAAGUUGAGGUCUUUGAUCUUUCAUGUGAACAAAAUCAAUGGAUCCAUACCUUUCGAAAUAAGAAAUUUGACGAACCUUGAAUAUUUAGAUCUUUCCUCUAAUAUCCUAGGUGGUUCAAUUCCUUCAACUCUGGGCCUUUUAUCCAAUUUGAAUUUUGUAGAUCUUUUGGGCAACCAAAUCAAUGGACCUAUCCCUUUAAAAAUAGGAAAUUUGACGAAUCUACAAUAUUUACAUCUCGGUGGCAACAAGAUCACUGGUUUCAUUCCUUUUUCAUUAGGCAAUUUAAAAAGCUUGACAAUGCUAGACCUCUCUCACAACCAAAUUAAUGGAUCCAUCCCUUUAGAAAUACAGAACUUGACAAAUUUGAAAGAAUUAUAUUUGAGUUCAAACAGUAUCAGUGGUUCGAUUCCUUCAACGUUGGGCCUUUUAUCCAAUUUGAUUUCUCUAGAUCUUUCCGACAACCAAAUCACCGGUUUGAUUCCUUUUUUGUUAGGCAAUUUAACAAGCUUGAUAAUACUAGACCUCUCUCACAACCAAAUCAACGGAUCCACCCCUUUAGAAACACAAAACUUGACAAAUUUGAAAGAAUUAUAUUUGAGUUCAAACAGUAUCAGUGGUUCGAUUCCUUCAACUUUGGGCCUUUUAUCGAAUUUGACUUUUCUAGAUCUUUCCAACAACCAAAUCACCGGUUUGAUUCCUUUUUUGUUAGACAAUUUAACAAGCUUGAUAAUACUAGACCUCUCUCACAACCAAAUCAACGGAUCCAUCCCUUUGAAAAUACAGAACUUGACAAAUUUGGAAGAAUUAUAUUUGAGUUCAAACAGUACCAGUGGUUCGAUUCCUUCAACUUUGAGCCUUUUAUCCAAUUUGAUUCUUCUAGAUCUUUCCUACAACCAAAUUACCGGUUUGAUUCCUUUUUUGUUAGGCAAUUUAACAAACUUGACAACUCUAUACCUUUCUCACAACCAAAUCAACGGAUCCAUCCCUUCAUCUUUGAAGUAUUGUAAUAAUUUGGCCUACCUAGAUUUGAGCUUCAAUAAUUUAAGUGAAGAGAUACCCUCCGAACUAUAUGAUUUGGACUCUUUACAAUAUGUGAAUUUUAGUUACAAUAAUCUCUCAGGCUCUGUUUCCUUGCCUUUGCCACCGCCCUUUAAUUUUCAUUUCACAUGUGAUUUUGUUCAUGGGCAAAUUAACAAUGAUUCUGCAACUUUAAAAGCUACUGCAUUUGAGGGCAACAAAGAUUUACACCCUGAUUUCUCACGUUGUCCAUCUAUUUACCCCCCACCUUCAAAAACCUACUUGUUGCCUUCAAAAGACUCCAGAAUAAUUCAUUCCAUCAAAAUAUUUCUUCCUAUCACCACCAUUUCACUUUGUCUCUUGUGUCUCGGAUGUUAUCUGUCUCGAUGCAAGGCUACCGAACCUGAGACAACAUCAUCAAAGAAUGGAGACUUGUUUUCCAUAUGGAAUUAUGAUGGGAGGAUUGCAUACGAAGACAUCAUUGCAGCGACGGAGAACUUUGACCUUAGAUAUUGUAUCGGAACCGGUGGUUAUGGGAGCGUCUACCGAGCGCAACUUCCAAGUGGGAAAUUAGUUGCCUUGAAGAAACUUCAUCGUCGAGAGGCAGAGGAGCCGGCUUUUGACAAGAGUUUCAAAAAUGAGGUGGAACUGCUCACACAAAUACGUCACAGGAGCAUUGUAAAGCUUUAUGGAUUCUGUUUGCACCAGCGCUGCAUGUUUCUUGUUUACGAGUACAUGGAAAAGGGAAGCUUGUUUUGUGCCUUGAGAAAUGAUGUUGGAGCUGUGGAAUUGAAGUGGAUGAAAAGAGCACACAUCAUCGAAGACAUUGCUCACGCAUUAUCUUACUUGCAUCAUGAGUGCAACCCACCAAUUGUUCAUCGAGACAUAUCAAGCAGCAAUGUUCUGUUGAAUUCAGAAUCCAAGUCUUUUGUUGCUGAUUUUGGUGUGGCUAGACUUCUAGAUCCGGAUUCGUCCAACCAUACUGUACUUGCUGGUACCUAUGGAUACAUUGCCCCAGAGUUGGCUUAUACUAUGGUGGUGACAGAGAAAUGUGAUGUGUACAGCUUCGGAGUUGUGGCGCUUGAAACUUUGAUGGGAAGGCAUCCGGGAGAUAUCCUAUCAUCAUCUGCUCAGGCUAUUACACUGAAAGAAGUGUUAGAUCCUCGUUUGCCACCUCCAACAAAUGAGAUUGUCAUACAGAAUAUAUGUACCAUUGCAAGUCUGAUAUUUUCUUGCUUACAUUCAAAUCCAAAAAAUCGACCUUCAAUGAAAUUCGUGUCUCAAGAAUUUCUAUCUCCCAAGAGAUUAUUGGGAGGUCUCGAGAUUUCUUUGUUGGAGCUGCGAAAUCUUGACAUGCACACAAAUGUUGGUGAGAUCACAGUUCCUCGCUGAAAAAGUUGUUGGAUUGGUUGCCAUUAAUGUGCAGCAACCAUUAAUGGACGGCACCGUCCAUUGACAAAUGCAGCAGCCCUUCCGGAAUGUCAAAGGUUGGCAGCCACCAUUGUUGAAGAUGGGCUGGAGUUGGUGGCCACCAUUGUUGACAAAAGAGCUGGAGGAGCUGUCAUGGAUGCCUAUAAAUAGAGGCAUACAUUAGAGAGCAAAAUGAGAGAGUGUGUAGAGCCAAAGAUGUGAGAAAUGUAGGAGAGAGUGGGCUGCCAAGGCAGCCAGCAGUAGCUACCAUUGCAACACUGAAAAGAGAGAAAUAGAGUGAGGUUGAGAGUUGCCAAAGAGGGGAUGAUUCCUCCUCCUCUAUUGUUGUAAAUCUUGUUCUCUCCCUAUAUAAUCAAAUGGCUUCUCCCGUGGAUGUAGGCGGUUUGCCGAACCACGUUAAA